AUGGGGGAAGAGAGGGCUAGAAGCAGCGCUGCAGACACAUCCCCUGGGUCACCACCUCCCCCGCCCUCUGUCUUUCCCCAACCACAGGUCCGAGUGGAGGUGUGCGUGUGUUGGGCGGCGGACGUGCCCCAGGGGCUGCUGCAGGGGGCAUUGACGCUGGGAGCAGGGAUCGUGGUGCUGGGUGCUGCCAAAAAAGGCAGCCUGGGCUUUAAGAGCUACUCCAUCUCCUCAGCUACUCAGGACACAGUGGCUCAUCUGGCUCGUCGUCUCCCCACCACCACCAAGGUCAUGCUCGUCUCUCACGGCGCCUGCUCCCUCUCCAAAUCCGGAGAGCUCUCCACCGCUCCCAACCCCUCUUCCUCUCCUCUCCACCCUUCUGCAUCGCCUGUCUCCCCACUCUCCGCCCUAAACACACCUUCGGCUGUCUCUGCUGCUUCUAGUGCCUCGUAUGCCCCCUCUCCCGGUUCUGCAUCUCCUUUAAGAGGUGACCCUUUAAGAGGCGACCCUAGGGAGUGCCAGGCUGUUGGUUUUGGGUCUGAGUUUGGGGUGGGAAGCGGGGAGAGAGGGGGGAGUGGGGAGGGAGAGGGGAGGGGAGGGGGGGAGACGAUGGAGGUCUUUCUGGGGACGAUUACAAUGGCGGUUCCAGAUUUUGGGGGAGGGGGGGAAGGUGGGAGUGGCAGAAUGAAGGAAAUUCUUGCGGGCAGCAAGCAAAAAGUUGCGGUGAAGCGGCUGAGGUGGUGGGGGCCUGCCCUGGCUGAAAAAAAGUGCGCGGUCAACACGAAACAAUUCCUCACGGAGCUUCGGGUGGUUCGGAAGGUUCGGCACCCGAACCUGCUGCGCAUGCUCGGCGCGUGUGUGACAGCUGGCGAGCUCCUAAUGGUCUUUGACUACCUCCCGAAUGGCGCUCUGGACAUGCGGUUACGGGAUAACCGCAAGCCGCCGCUGACGUGGCAGCAGCGGCUGGAGAUUGCGAGUGGGGCGGCGAGGGGUUUGGCGUUUCUGCACAGUGGGUGCCGCCCGCCUAUCAUCCACCGGGAUGUGAAGUCGGGGAAUAUUCUGCUGGAUGAGGACUUGGAGCCUGUGGUAUCGGACUUUGGGUUGGCGAAAGUCGCACCGGAGCAUUUCACACAGCCAAUGACUGUUACGGCAAUCAUGGGCACACAAGGCUAUGUAGCACCGGAGUAUGUGCGGACAGGCAAGAUCACACAAGCGGUGGACGUGUUUGCAUUCGGAGUGGUGUUGCUAGAGCUCAUCACAGGGCACAUCCCCUUCCACCCAAGCAGAACACCCGCCUACCUCUUUGCAUGGGCAAUCCCAGUGGCCAAAUCAGGGGAGUUUCAUCGCCUAGUAGACUACCGUCUAGAGGGGCGGUACGACCUGAGCCAGCUGCAGGCAGUGGCGAUGCUGGCUGUGAUCUGCCUUGCCAGCAACCCCAAGGACAGACCCGCCAUGGCUGAUUCAGCUGCAGGCAGUGGCGAUGCUGGCUGUGACCUGCCUCACCAGCAACCUUAG